UACGUGUUUAUAGUUAGUUAGCUGACCAUGGAUGAUGAAAAYGGUUCUUYCAGCGGGUUCAACAUUUCUAAAAACAUGUCAAUAUUGUUUACCUCGCUGGUGGAUAUAAUUUUUAAACGUCUUGAUGAACAAGAAAAUUUUGAUAGAACUUAUAAAUUUAACACAAGUUGUACYUCAGAAAUGCAGUGUGAUGCCACAGAAAUGUUCUGCAAUGCAACAACAAAUCGAUGCCAAUGUUCUCUCUUUCACUUUUGGAAUAAAACUGUUGGAAUAUGCGAAUAUCAGCAUAAAUAUAUGAUCAAGUGGUUAGAAGAAAAUGGUAAAAAAAUGGACGAUGAUCCACUUUUAAAGCAAUCAGAUCCCUUAGAAUCGGAGUCAAGAUAUAAUAUUCCAUUGAAUGUAACAAUAAUAAUGGUUAUAGGUGCCAUGUGCUACUUGUUUUGUGUAGCUUACAUCUGUUUUGGUCAAGAUAAAAUCGAUGAAGACAAAAGUUUGUAUACAGCGUUACGUAAACAAAAGGAACAGUCAUGUAAAAUUCAAACAUCUAUUAUAGAGCACAUAUGAUUACAAAUUUUAAGAUGGGUGUAAUAAUAGUUAAAAACAUAUUAUUUGAUAUGAAUAUAAUAAUUUAAUUUGUUGACAUUUUACCAACAUUAAAAAUUUAUUUUAGAAAAAAUAGUUUACAAAAUUGUACUU